UUUUAUUCACUCUUAUCAAAACCACACAAUUACAUACAAAUAGGGCCAUCUCCUAAGACUUCGGUAUUCAUAAUUUGUAUCACCUUUGAUAAGAAAUGAUUUUAAUACACAUGUUGAGAUACAUGCCUCUAAAAUUGUAUGCUCUUGUCAUUUUGGCAUUCAUUAUAUAUGUCGAGUCUAGAAAGCUAAAGAUCAUUUUGGGUAAGAAUAGAUUCUGAAAAUCAAUUCCAAAACUUUUCAAAUACCUCAAAGCUGUAACCGAAAUUUCCCGAUUGCACUGUUGUUUGGUCACACUCUUAUCACACCCCCGCACUCUACUCCCAUCUCUAAUUCGCGCGCGCUUGCCGCAUUUUCCGUAACUCUUGUUUUUGGAACUUCCUGCAUUACUGUGAUCGUAAAAGACCGGCGGAAUGGCGGCUCUGAGCAACCUUAAGCAGUGUCCGCCAUUCUCCAAUCUUUCGGAUCUGUCACACCGGCACAACCACAUUCCGGAGCUGGAACGCUAUCCGCGCAUCAGUCUGAAGAAUGAUAUCUCCACAAAUGCGGCGUCGCACCGCUACUACGGCACCCAGAGCUUCGUGGCGGUCGACGAGCGUGUCCUGAAGCGGAUCACCCGGACCUUCUUCGACGGCGGCUUCUGGGAAGCCCUGGCGGAGGCGAGGAGCGUCAAAAGCCGGGAACAGGCGCCUCUGGUAGCCCAGGUGGGCGACUGGAUUGAUAAGUUCCUGGGACUGGCCGGCGGCCUGAAGCUCAGGAUAUUCCCGCACACCCAGCAGCUCAGCGGAGAAGUGAUAGCCCAGUUUGUGGAGACCAGGGAUUGGAUGAACAGCGACGUGCGAUACGUGGCCUGGCACUGCCACUACUUCAAGCUAGCCGUGGCGGGAGUGGACGAUGUGGUCCGGAUUUACUCAAAGAACGUAAAGCAACCCAUUGUCUUGAAGAGCCCCACACAAACAGAUAUCACCUGCAUGGCCUGGCGACCGCUCUGCUCCGGGGAAAUAGUCAUCGGCUGCCGGCAGGGCCUGUGCUUCUGGAACGUGGACAACAGCCUGCACCUGGGACGCGCCAAUGCUCCGAGCCAGGCCUUCAGGCAUCCCUCAAACCUGCCCAUUACCUCCAUGCAGUGGAACAAGGACGGUAACCUGCUGGCCACCUCUUCGAUUGGCGAUCGCUCCAUCAUCGUCUGGCAGGUGGACAACAGGACACUACAGAGUCUGAACCGCUUGGGCCCGCCGGGCGGCCUGAUCAAGUGGUCGCCGGAAAAUGACUGGCUCUUUGCCGGCACCGUGGACCGGGUGUUCCGGGUGUGGAACUGCAACAACAAGUGGACCACAGAGCGCUGGGUGUGCGGCCCCGGUGGCCACGUCCAAACGGCCUGCUGGUCGCCCUGCGGACGCUUCCUGCUCUUUGUCAGCAGCACCGAACCCAUCCUCUACCGUCUCCAGUUUGUCCAGCAAAGUAUGCUUCAAGCUUCCGCUGAGGAGAAGGAGGUCCUGCCGAUAGCCGAUUUGAAUGCCUGCAGCAUCGAUGCCAACCAGACGCUGAUCGGAGGCCCGGCCCAGCAGCUGGCCUGGGACCCGCACGGCAACUACCUGGUGGUCACCUUCAAGGCCACCAACUGCAUCGCCGUCUUCCGCACCUUCAUCCAGAAGUUCGACUUGCAGAUCUCGGCGGCGUACUUCCUAAGCGGGGAGACGGCUGCGGAGCACCCGAGCUUCGUCUGCUUCCAGCCCCUGAACAAGGACAACGACCGAUCUGUCCUGACCAUUGCCUGGUCGUCGGGCCGCAUCCAGUACUGCCCCUUCGACUAGGCCUUGUUUUUGGAAUAGUUUAUUCUUUAUUUGGUUCUUCUAAGUGUUAGUACACAAUUGAAUAAAGUAACACUUGAUAUUUUUGGGAAA